CCUUUGCUUCGUCCUCGGCAGGUCGGCAUCGUAUUAUAAGGCAAGUUUGCAACUUCCUGAGUGACUUCCAAGAUCUGAUUCCGGCAUUCCGGAACAACCAAGAUAAUGACAUCCAACAACGGCCCACAAAUCUGGUGGGGGAUUGCGCGUCCGAGGAUCAAUCAAGAUAAGGACAUCCGCGUUUUGGCACAUCGACACUGUGUCUUGCAUCUCCACCUUAAAUACAAAGGGUCUCCAGGUUGCUUGUCAUCAAUAGAGGAUAGACAAACAAGCGAUGGGGAAGUUGCUGCAGCUGAGCUUUUCAUGUUGUGGCUUCUUGGUUGGACUGUGCUUUCUGCCAAGACCGUGUGGCCGAGGAUACCACCCUGCUCGUAUUAUCGUUCGAAGGAUAUAUCUGUCAGAGAAGUGACUCGAAAGACACAAGACUGUCUGUGUCCAUGGAGGCUGAUAUCAUCAUAUGCACCGUACUUUGGCAAGUCGACAUUGAGCAGAGCUGUUAUUGAUAAGGAUCUUAGUGAAUUCGCCGAUCACACGAGCCGAGUCUCCACUGCUGCCAUGAACCUCGAAAAGUGUAGAAUCGUCAAUGUUUAGUGUACGAACGGGAACAUCGUGGUGCUCGUAUCGGCAUUCUUUGUCCUCUGCGUGCCACACGGAUACCUCAAAGUCAAGAAGGUCAAGAAAGUUUGAAGUAGUUUGUGCAUCAUAUUUCAUUUCGUCUAUGAGGUGUAUCAUAGUGCCGGGAUAUCUAUCAUAUUUUUUUCGCUUCCAAAAUGUUCCAAUUCAUAUAUACAGACCCUUACGACUUGAUCAACAAGCUGGAGCCGGUCAUCUCCUCGGGCUGGGGCAGACCCAUGACAGCGAGGACGGUGGGAGCGACGUCACCAAGGA